AUGAGGACUCUGUUGUGUUUUCUCGCCAUAUCUGUGGCUGCCGUUGCGCGGGCCAAUGGGAGACCGGAGAGCCCGCUUCCUGACUCGGUCCCGGAUGCAGUUUCUGCAACCACAGACAGCAGCCUCGCGAAAAGGGGUCUGCCAGUUCAUGGCCAUGGGUUCGCCUGGGACAGCUUCCGAAAGGAAAUUCCUCAACUAGUCACCGGCGCCGCUGAGUUCGCUGGACCCUACCACGGCUUUGGCUCAGGAUUUGGACUCAUCGGUGAACGACUGGGCGGGUUCUACCCGCAACAGAAAUUUCCUCAGAUCAUCACCGAAACUAUCGAGGUCCCAGAACCUUACCCAGUCGGUGUCAAGUUCCCUGUGCCAGUUGACAGACCCUAUCCCGUGUUUCAGGAAAUCCCUGUCCCUGAACCUUUCCCGGUUGAAGUGAAGGUCCCAGUUGACCGCCCAUACCCUGUGGAAAUUCCGGUCCGUGUUGACCACCCCUACCCUGUAGAAGUACCUUUCCCUGUCCCUCAGCCACAGCCAUACCCUGUCAAGGUCCCAGUUCGAGUGCCUGAACCUUACCCCGUCGAAAUCGAAGUUCCUGUCGAUCAUCCUUAUCCAGUUGUAGUAGACCGACCUGUCCCUGUCGUCGAAAAAGUGCCAGUUGAAGUGCCAUUCCCUGUUGAACGUCCUUACCCGGUUGAAGUGAAAGUUCCUGUCCGGGUUGAGGUCCCAGUAGAUCGGCCGUACCCUGUGUACAUUGACAGGAAGGUCCCUGAACCCUAUCCGGUAGAGGUACCCGUGCAAGUACCCGUUUACGUCCCUGUUCAGGUACCCGUUGAUCGCCCUUACCCGGUUGAAGUGAAAGUUCCAGUCCCUGAACCCUAUCCCGUUGAAUUUCCCGUUGGUAAUCCCUUGCCCUACGGCGUGGAACUCACCUUGCCUCUGGAGAAAUCACUUCCUCAGGCAUUUCCAGUAGAAACUGCAGUACCUGCCCUUUCUUUUGGGCGUAUUCCUUUCGGGAAGCCCGUCCCAGAAAUAUCACUCCCCAUUCCAGGAUCUUCUCCUUUGUCUGUGAUUGAGGAUUGCAUUUAUCCCGAACCAAUCACCUCUCUCUUACCUGGCAGCUUCUCAGGGCUUCUGCCCUUCGCUCUCAAGGAUGUACUUCCUAUUCCCCGCCAUGCUUACCGCGGCUUCUAA